GGAUUUUGAAAUCCCUCUUCUGCCUCUGUUUUUUUUCUCUCCUCUUUCUCUUUCUCUUGAUAAGGAAUCGUCGCACACAGCGUCACCGGCAUCAAUCACUCCGCCAGCUAAACAUAUCUGCCGUUAGACACGUGAUUACGUGCCGGACCCUGCAGCCAUCAUCACUCCCCGAGCAAGCGAAUCUUCGGACCCUCAUCGCUUCACUCCGGGCAGCUCUCGCCAAACAGGCAAAACGUCGCCGUUUGAAUUUGCAAAACAUCCUGCCGAACAGUGCCUUAAGGCACUGUUCCUGUCCGUUAAGAAAUAGUAAUAAUAACACUUAGGCAAAACGUCGCCGUUUUUUAGAAUACCGUCUCUCGAUCUCUCCAAGAUUUCUGCAAACUCGAUCGUUCAUGGCAAUCGAUUCAGCGACGCAGACGACAUCGCUCGCUCCUGGGUUUCGGUUCCACCCAACCGAUGAAGAACUGGUUCGGUACUACCUCAGGCGCAAGAUAUGCGGUAAAUCUUUCCGGUUCGACGCCAUCUCCGACACGGACAUCUACAAAUGCGAGCCUUGGGACCUCCCAGGUAAAUCAAGGCUGAAGAGUAGGGAUUUAGAAUGGUACUUCUUCACUGUUUUGGACAAGAAACAUGGCAAUGGAUCAAAGACGAAUCGAGCAACGGACAGAGGGUAUUGGAAGACUACAGGGAAGGACCGGGCAGUCCUGCAUAGGUCGCGGACUGUUGGGAUGAAAAAGACCCUUGUUUUUCAUAGCGGUCGGGCUCCAUGCGGUGAGAGGACCAACUGGGUGAUGCACGAAUAUAGACUCACUGACGAGGAAUUGGAGAAAGCUGGCAUUGUCCAGGAUGCAUAUGUGCUGUGUAGAAUAUUUCGAAAAAGUGGUUCAGGGCCAAAGAAUGGAGAACAGUAUGGAGCACCAUUCAUCGAGGAAGAAUGGGAGAAUGACAAUGAGCCUGUUUUGGUACCUAGAGAAGGGGGUGCAGAAGAGCUUGUAGUUGGUGACGAUGCUUUUCUUGAUGAAAAUGACGUUGAGCAGAUUUUAGCUGGCGUUCCAUUAGAAACUGCUCCUGUUCCUUCGAAUUAUUAUGUGGAUUUUGACAACUACGUUGAGGAGUCAAAGACCGUUGUUAAUGAUGCUGAAAAGCUCUCAGUAGGGAUAAGUGAAAAUCAUGGCUUAGAGCAGCUUGAUGGCCAGAAGGUAUUGGAUUUGCCAGCACAAAACGAUUUGGAUGCCAAAUCAGUCGAAAAUGAAUGUAUUGGUGAAUCAAGCAAUCCCUGGAAUCCGGAGCUUGCAGAUUACUUACUUGAUGAACCAUUCUUUGAUGCUAUCAAUGAUCAACCAUUUGAUGGAGAAUUCAUUGAAACUGAUGACCUUUCAAACACCAUUGAGGCAGAUCCCUCGGGCUCUGACAUGCUUGAAGAGUACCUUACAUUCUUUGAUGCGGAUGAUGGCAGUUUAAAGUAUAUGGAUUAUGAUUCUUCGAAGAUGGUGGAAAGUGAGAAUCCUGUAUCUGACCAAGCUUCCUUGACUCAGAUGGUGAAUGGAGAAACCUACCAAGGGACUUGGGAAAGCCAACAGCUCCUAGAGGGAUGUAAUAAUGCUUUUGUGGCUUCUUCAAAUCAAGAGCCGGAAAAGUCUAAAUCAGCUACCAAGUAUCUAUUCAAUCAGGCCAGUCGAAUGUUGGGCAGCAUCCCUGCUCCUCCUGCAUAUGCUUCAGAAUUCCCUACGAAGAAUGCAAUUCUUCAGCUGAAUGCUCCUUCUCAGUCUUCCAGUUCAGUCCAUUUCACUGCUGGUAUGAUCCAUUUAAGAAACUUGAAUUUGAGUGGCAUCGGGACAAACUUGACAUUUGAUAAGCUUGGGAACGUCAAUGUCGUCCUCUCUCUUGGCCUGUCAUACACUAAUGUAAAUUCAGCCAGUUUGGAACCGAUGGCUAGCAUAUCGAACAAGGACAGAUUGGCAAUGUCACGGGGUUGGUUCUACCUUAUUGUGUUCAUGUGGGUCCUGAUUCUUUUGAUUAGUUUCAAAAUUGGGUCCUAUAUUUAUUCAGGUUGUGCUCAUUGACUAGAACUAGCAAAAAUUCGUGUCUCUGGAUAUUUACUCAGAUACUCCCGAUACACAACUUUACAGAAUGUUUAGAAUGUAAUGAAAUCAUAGUGUUAAUAUAUGACCUUGUUAUUCCAAUUUGACUA